AUGGCCGACGGUCUUCAAAUGGGAAACCUUUCCAUCAACGAGUCCCAGCACGCGCCCCAAGGCAACAACCCCCCUCAGGGACGCGCUGCCUAUAUCCCUCCUCACCUCCGUUCCCGUGGUGGAGGUGGUGGCGACAGUGCUCCUCCUGCUCCCGGUCCCGGCUUCGGUGGCCCUCGUAACGGUCCUCGCGGUGGAGACUGGGCUAACGCUAACGCCCCCGACUUCAGCCCUCGCGGUCCCUCAAACGGUAAUUUUGGCUGGAACCCCCAGGAACAAAUCCGGCCUUUCGAUCCCCUUGCUUACGGACAUCCAGGACACAGCGGUGGCUCCUCUUACAGCGGCGGCGGUGGUGGCGGCGGUUCUGCCCGUGGAUCAGGAGAUGGACAGUGGCGCGACGGAAAGCACAUCGCCGGCCCUGCCAACGCCCGCGUCGAGCGCGAACUUUUCGGUGUCCCCAACGACCCCUCGAAGCAGCAGACCGGAAUCAACUUCUCCAACUACGACGAUAUCCCUGUCGAGGCUUCUGGUAAUGACGUUCCCGAGCCCGUCAACACCUUCACCAACCCCCCUCUGGACGAUCAUCUUAUCUCUAACAUCAAGCUCGCGAGCUAUGUCACUCCUACCCCUGUGCAAAAGUACUCUGUUCCUAUUGUCAUGAACGGCCGCGAUCUGAUGGCUUGUGCCCAGACCGGUUCCGGAAAGACUGGUGGUUUCCUCUUCCCCAUUCUCUCCCAAGCCUUCCAGAACGGGCCUUCUUCUGUUCCUGCCCAGGCCUCUGGCCAGUUCAGCUAUGGUCGCCAGCGCAAGGCCUACCCCACUUCCCUCAUCUUAGCCCCCACUCGUGAGCUGGUUUCUCAGAUCUUCGACGAGUCCCGCAAGUUCGCUUACCGCUCAUGGGUUCGCCCAUGUGUCGUCUACGGUGGUGCCGACAUUGGCUCCCAGCUGCGCCAGAUUGAGCGUGGUUGCGAUCUGCUCGUCGCUACUCCCGGUCGUCUUGUUGACUUGAUUGAGCGUGGCCGUAUCUCGCUCAUGAACAUCAAGUAUCUGGUCCUGGAUGAGGCUGAUCGUAUGUUGGACAUGGGUUUCGAGCCCCAAAUUCGCCGCAUUGUUGAGGGUGAGGAUAUGCCCCGUGUUGAAGACCGCCAGACUCUCAUGUUUUCGGCCACCUUCCCCCGUGACAUCCAGAUGCUUGCCCGUGAUUUCCUGAAGGACUACAUCUUCUUGUCCGUCGGUCGUGUGGGUUCCACUUCUGAGAACAUUACUCAAAAGGUUGAGUACGUUGAGGACGCCGACAAGCGCUCUGUCCUUCUGGACAUCCUUCACACCCACGGCACCAGUGGUCUUACUCUGAUCUUCGUCGAGACCAAGCGUAUGGCCGACUCCCUCUCCGACUUCCUUAUCAACCAGCGAUUCCCCGCAACCGCCAUUCACGGUGAUCGUACCCAACGUGAGCGUGAGCGUGCUCUGGAAAUGUUCCGUAACGCACGUUGCCCCAUUUUGGUUGCUACCGCUGUUGCUGCUCGUGGUCUUGAUAUUCCUAAUGUCACCCACGUCAUCAACUACGAUCUGCCCACCGACAUUGACGACUACGUUCACCGUAUCGGUCGUACUGGUCGUGCUGGUAACACUGGUAUUGCCACUGCUUUCUUCAACCGUGGAAACCGUGGUGUUGUCCGCGACUUGCUCGACCUUCUUAAGGAGGCUCACCAGGAAGUUCCUGCCUUCUUGGAGAGCAUUGCUCGUGAGGGCUCUGGCUUCGGCGGUCGUGGUGGCCGCGGUGGUGGUCGCGGUCGUGGCGCCAGCAACGCCACUCGUGACGUGCGUCGCUUCGGCGGUGGUCCUGGUGGUGGCCCCGGCUUCGGUGGAAGCUUUGGCGGCGCUCCCUCAUACGGUGGAAGUGGCGGCUACGGCGGCUCUGGUGGUGCCGCCCCCUCUUACGGCGGCGCUGGUGGUGGUAGCUAUGGCGGUGCUGGUGGUGGUGGUGGCUACGGUGGUGGUAGCUACGGAAACCCCUCCGGCCCUACUGGUCCUUCUUCCUGGUGGUAA